UUGGGGUGGGCGGGGACAGUCUUGCUCCCUUCCCUUAGUCCCCUCCUCGGAAGGAGACGUAUCCGUCUAUAUUCCGUUCAUUUCUUUUUUAAAUAUUUUUAUAACUACCCCUUUCCCCUGACACUCUGCACAAUGGCAGCGACAAUGGACGACUAAAUCGAGGUUCGGGUACUCGAUUCCACCCGUUUUUCUUUAUCUCUGGAUCGAGUGGACCGGAUGAAACCCAUCUGUGGUUUUCUCCGCUUCGCAGGGGAGGUAGCUGUAUCCAGUGGGGAGGUAGGCUCAACCUGGGGAGGACAGAAUGAAGUUUGCCCAACCCUGGGGACGCCAGAGGCUGUCUUUUCUUCUAGAAAAGGCCACCUCUAGGGAAGCCAAGAUGUGGAAGAUCUACGUGCCCAAGAAGCCCUGCUCACAGGAUACAGACGUCUCCCCGGCCCAGCGGGACGAAGCCGUUCGCUGGCUAACGGAGCUCCACGCCAGGCUGCAGCUCUACCCAGAGACCCUGGUGUUGGCGGUUAGCCUUCUGGAUCGCUUCCUCGCUCCCAUCAAGGCCCGUCCAAAGUACCUGCGCUGCAUCGCCAUCACCUGCUUCUUCCUGGCAGCUAAAACCUGUGAGGAGGACGAGUGUGUCCCAUCUCUGAAGGAUUUGGCUGUUUCCAGUAACUGUGGCUGCUCCCCAUCAGAGAUCCUGAGAAUGGAGAGGAUCAUCUUGGAUAAACUGGACUGGGAUCUGCACACCGCUACAGCACUGGACUUCCUGCACAUUUUCCAUGUGAUGGUGUUGUCCUGUCGAUCCAGGUUUCUGGACUCCAUGUUGGGACUGAACCGCUCUCAGCACCUGGGCCUGCUCAUUCGGCGACUGUACACCUGUCUGGCUGACCACACACUCGUUCAGCUCAGAGGAUCCAUGCUGGCUUUGGCCCUUCUCACCUUGGAGCUGGAGACCUGCUGUCCCGACUGGCUGGUUCUGACCAUCGACCUGCUGAGGAAGGCUCAGAUCGACAGCUCUGAGUUGAUCCGUAGCAGAGAGCUAGUCGCACGUAGUCUGUCCACACCGAGAGCUUCCCUGCCUCCUAACACCGUCUACAUCUACCGACCCCUGCCGAAUCCGACCUCCCCGCUGGGAACUGUCACCUCCCUCGCUGAGACUUCCAGGGACCACACCCUCAGCUCCACCGCCGUCCAGCCUCAAGCAGCUGCUGCUGGGGAGGAGAGGAGCUUCAUCUCCUCCUCUGAGAGCAAAAUCCCAGCUCUGCUCUCACCCAAACGCCUCAACCAGCUGCAGAGGAUCACGCUGCGCUGCAAAGCUUCCACCAAGAGAAAGGUGGAGCAGAUGGAGGUGGACGACUUCUACGAUGGCAUCAAGCGUCUCUACAACGAGGACACCACCGCUGCAAUCCAAGAGGUGGGGGUAUCAGGAGGGGGAGGUGAAGGAGGAGCAGACGGCUCCUCCUCUUGUCCUCCUCUGCAGCCGGUCAGAUUCUCGUAGAACCAGAACCACCUCCACAGAACCUCCAACCACAGAACAGCUUCUGCAGCAAAGUCACAGAAACUAUUUAUCCCAUAAACUCAGUAAAACGGCAGCUUGACUUGACGUUUCCCGCCCGUAACCGCUGUUGCUGUCCGGUUCUGUUGGGCUGGUUCUGGUUCUGAAUGACCCAGAGCUGUUCAGCUGGCUUCCCACCAUCCCCCUCAGCAGGAAAACAGAGCACAAAAAAAUUUUAACAUCCCAAAAUGUAAAAAAAAAAAAAACCUCUUUCUGCUACUAUUAAUUAUGUUAAACACAAAUAAAACAAUUAAAAACAAACAGAAAAAGUUUCCCUUAAAAUGGACGUCGAUGUUGCCUUCACUGACCUGUUUAUUUAUCUGUUGUUUCUGAUUCGUCUCCAACAAGUCAGUAGCUGAGUGUUUGAAUCUGUUCAGUCGGGAACAAACUUUAGUGCCAUUUGUGUUCUGAUUAGGACCCGUCUGGGUUCCUGACGCCGCUCCUCCUGCUGCUCCUGCUGCCAGACUUCAGCUCAAGUUCUGAUUUAGUUUCUACCUGAAAGAAUCCACAAGCAGCUUUUAGUUACUUCGCUGAAAUCGCAGCUAACAGCUAAUGAUGCUAACCACGUUUUUACAUUAAAAUGCUGCAGAGGCUUGAUUCUGAAAGCAAACAAAAGCUGUAGUGAGUUUAUUUUCCAUGUUUGUGUCUGAGUUUAGGAUGCUGACGAUCUUCCCUGAUGUUUAAAAUGUUUUUCCUCCGUGUAAAAAGUUCUGUUCCUGCUGAAGGAGCUGCUGGCGACGGCUCCACAUCCUCCACCACAAUAAAGACUACAACCAGA